UAUUAGAAAGUGUGAAAUACAUACAUACAUACCCACACAUGUGUAUACAUGUGUAUGUGCAUAUAUAGAUCUACUCACACAACUAUCGCGCAUCGCAUAAACAAAACGUGAACGUAAGCGAAUAAUUAAAUGUUUGUUGUUAAUUUGGAGAUUUGUUUAAAAGGAAACAUCAUAUAAUUAAGAACAUUCAGUUGUGAACGAGCUGGCGCGCAGUCAAGUGUAGCAUUUUUUUGUUGGAAAUUGCGGUUAUCACAAGUGAAUUUACUUUGACACAAUUUUGUUCCGUAAGAAAGUUUAUAAAUUACACAAAUAGCAAUUAAUAUAAAGUGCAUGAAAUUUUGCAAAAAAGUGCAACCCCCCUCUAAGCUGUUGCAAAUAAAAAUAAAGUGCGUUUUAAGACGUCAUCCAAAAUAAAUCACGUACAAAAAGCUAAUCAACAAAAAAUAUAUUAUUAUGUCCUGUAAAGUGUUUUCGUAUCUGCUAAGUGUUCUACUUAUUGCACAGAUACCGAUUAAUGGCAUUAGCGCCAGUACGGAUGAUAACGAGAUCGACAAUGCGCCAGAAUAUUAUUUAUUGCAGGGUGUGAAAGUCUAUCCCGCUGAUCGUGAAUGCGCCUUACUCGGAGGUUUGUGCGUGCACAGCAGUGAUUGUUUGGAACCGACCACAAAUCGGGGUCUAUGUCCAUCCAACAAGCAUCGCGGCGUGGAGUGUUGCUAUGAAUUGCCAGUGAGGCCCGCACCGUGUGAGCAGCAUUUGGGCGUCUGCAUGGAUAAUUGUGCCGAAUAUCUACAGCGACCGGGUACCGAUUGUCAAGGUGGACAGGUCUGCUGUAUCCUAGUCUAAGCCUGAACAAAAGUUGACGCCUCUGUCGGACGUGUGCGCAUAUUUAUGUAUAUUUAAAUGAAUAUAACUAAAAUAUAUAUAUAUAAUAAUAAUAAAUAUAAAAUACAAUAAUUUUUAAAAUCUGUAACUAAUGUAUGUACGUUUGUACAAAUAUAACAAAUUGCAUUAAAGAAUAAGCUUUAAGAAUCGUUCGACUGAUUCGUUCGAUUGAAGAGAGAAAGUGAAAGUAAGAGGAAGCAUCGAAUGCAACUCAUUUGCUCGUCAGAGUGAUUAUUAAUUGUAUUGUAGUUUUGUAUGUACGAGUAUUCUUCCUUGAUAUCGUUUCGCUUUCACUUAUGUAUUUUUGUUUUAGUCUUUACGUUAAGUUAAUAAAAGGAAACUUGCUUAUCUCUUA